AUGGCAAAUUUCCACCAACGCCAUUCAAACCGAAUCAUGAUGAGGAAAACACCAGCGGGCCUCAUGAUGAGGUUGGCUCCAAGAAACGCCGUACUCCGCGGUGUGGGCGGUGUCCUUAGACAGAGCCAUAAUCUGAUAGUUUCACCUCGACUGGUGAACGUUUUUGCGGGGUUUAAUCGAUCGUUUUCCGCUUCCAGAUUUCAGCUUUUUGAAGCUUCACGUAGAUCACUUAGUGAUAAAGAGGAGUCACCAAAAGACUCGGAAGACAAGGAAAAGAAGAAGAAACCCAUGAGUGAAGAAGAACGUGACAUUCGUAACCAGAUUAAAGAAAGACUCAAAAAGAAGAAUCCACUGUUGAACCCCAACAAUAUGAAGAUAUACCAACUUGAUAACAAAUCGGUUGCACGAGGAUUGUCGGGAUUAUUCUUGUUCUCUCUUUUGGUUACUGUUUUAUUGGCAUCGAAUCGUAAGCCUAAUGACGAACUCUCGUUCCAAGAUUUCAAGACCAACUACUUAGAGAAGGGUCUUGUUACCAAGCUUACGGUUAUCAACAAGUUUGCCGUGGAAGCAGAAUUAAUCCAAGGAGCAGUUUCUGACCAAACUUUCCAGACUUUCAGCGGCCAUCCCGCCGUCGUUUUCACUAUAGGUUCAGUCGAGGUAUUCGAAGAAGAAAUGAACCGUGAACAGGAUAAACUAGGGAUUCCAAUCGAUGAAAGAUUACCAAUUUCGUACGAGGAAAGAGGCUCUUGGAUGAACUACAUAUUGCCCAUUUUGCCAACGGUGUUAUUGAUUGGAGGAUUAUGGUAUAUCACCGUGAGAAGAGCGAACAUGCAAGGAGGAGGUGCUGGUGGUGGUGGGCCCGGUGGAAUUUUUCAAAUCGGUAAGUCUAAAGCCAAAUUAUUCAAUCAGGAAACAGAAGUUAAAAUCAAAUUUAAGGACGUUGCUGGAUGCACUGAGUCUAAAGAGGAGAUUAUGGAAUUUGUCAAGUUUCUUCAGGACCCUGUCAAGUAUGAGAAAUUGGGAGCCAAGAUUCCUCGUGGUGCUAUAUUAUCUGGUCCUCCUGGUACUGGUAAGACAUUGCUUGCUAAGGCAACAGCUGGUGAAGCAGGCGUUCCCUUUUUAUCCGUUUCUGGUUCAGAAUUUGUGGAAAUGUUCGUGGGAGUCGGUGCUUCUCGUGUUCGUGAUUUAUUCAAGACUGCUCGUGAAAUGGCUCCUGCAAUUAUUUUUGUCGAUGAAAUCGAUGCUAUUGGUAAAGAGCGUGGUAAUGGCAAGAUGGGUGGAAAUGACGAGAGAGAAAACACACUUAAUCAGUUAUUGGUUGAAAUGGAUGGAUUCGAAAAUUCUGAUCACGUUGUUGUUCUUGCGGGAACCAAUCGUCCGGACAUUUUGGAUAAAGCCUUGUUGAGACCUGGUAGAUUUGACAGGCACAUCUCUAUUGACGUUCCUGAUGUGGAGGGAAGAAAGGAAAUAUUCAAGGUUCACUUGUCUAAAUUGACACUUCAAGUUGAAGAAGAUAUUAGGGCAACCCAAAAGGACGUCGACUUCAACAAGUAUCAAGAAUUGAAGGCUGCAGCCAUUGACAAUCUUGCAGGUCGCCUCAGUGCUUUAACUCCAGGAUUUGCAGGAGCUGACAUUGCAAACUGCUGUAAUGAGGGAGCAUUAAUUGCCGCUAGAGAGGAUGCUACAGCUGUGGAAACUCAUCAUUUUGAACAAGCAAUUGAACGUGUUGUAGCCGGGCUUGAGAAGAAGUCAAGAAUAUUGAGUCUCGAAGAAAAGAGAACUGUUGCCUUCCAUGAGGCUGGCCACGCUAUUUGUGGCUGGUUCUUAGAGUUUGCUGACCCAUUGGUCAAGGUUUCUAUCAUUCCUCGUGGUCAAGGAGCAUUGGGUUAUGCACAAUACUUGCCAAAAGAUCAGUACUUGGUUUCGAAAGAGCAGUACAAACAUCGCAUGAUAAUGACUUUAGGGGGAAGAGUAAGUGAAGAGUUGCAUUUUGAUACGGUAACCAGUGGUGCUUCAGAUGACUUCAAAAAGAUUACUCAAAUGGCUCAGCUGAUGGUAUUGAAGUUGGGUAUGUCAGACAGUAUCGGCAAUGUCUAUUACGAUUCUGGAGAAAAUAACAAUGGCUUUCAAGUUCAUCACACAUAUUCAGAAGAGACAGCAUACACCAUUGAUCAAGAAGUUAAAAGAUUCAUUGAUGAAGCUUACGAAGCAUGCCACAAAUUACUUUCAGAAAAGUUGGAUCUCGUUGACAAAGUGGCUGAAGAGUUAUUCAAGAAGGAAAUCUUGACGAGAGAAGAUAUGACCCGUUUGGUUGGACCUCGACCAUUCCCCGAAAGAAACGAUGCAUUUGACAAGUACAUCAAAGGUAAGGAUGCUUUUAAAGGUAAGCCUAAAGAUACCGAAAAUGAACCAUCUGAGGCAUAA